CGAAAAUGGGAAUACGAGUAACCUUAUCCGUUUGCCCCAGUUGUCUCCACCGCUAACAGUCCGCGCAUUCCCUUGGGAAACAUUGUGAAAAAGCAGAUACAGAAUCCAGAGAGAGCAAGAAAAAGCUAUGGCCAUCGCUACAGCUUCAGCGUCGGCACUGCUGAUCAGCCAGUCUUCCAAGCUUUGCUUCUCCAGAGCACAGCUCUCGACGAAAGGGGAGCUAGGGUUCGUUACUUCGCAAUUGAGUGGCGUCAAGAUUUCGUUCUACAAGAAUGUGUUGCCCAAACCAAUCGCCGCCCCUUUCCAUCCUUCUCUUCAACCUGUGGCCCGUAGAAUCUGUCCAUUCACUGGGAAGAAAACCAAUAGGGCAAAUAAGGUUUCUCACUCAAACCACAAGACAAAAAAGUUGCAGUUUGUUAACCUCCAAUACAAAAAAAUUUGGUGGGAGGCAGGGAAACGAUAUGUGAAAUUGCGGUUGUCAACCAAGGCAAUAAAGACCAUAGAGAAGAAUGGACUAGAUGCUGUUGCUAAGAAGGCUGGGAUUGAUCUUCGCAAGGAAUAGUGAAAGUUUGGCAGUUUUGCCUAAUUGUUAGAAAAAAGCAUCAUCCUUUCUAUGUUAUUUCCGUGGCAAUUUUACAAUGCUGAAUUUAUUGGGUCAGAUAUAAAUCUCCAUUUUUAUUGA